UUGUAAAACCUACCAACCGGGGAAAAUCGUAUGAAUACACACCAACAAACCGGGGAACACCUACCAACCGGGGAAUUCCCCGGUUGGUUUUAGGCGAAAAUCUCUAAUCUACGUGAAUGAAAUACCAAACUGUCAAUUUAAAUUAGAAAUCCAACGCCUUCCCCGAUUAGCGGGUUUGUGGCAUGCACAAAAUAUACACAAAUCUUCACCAUAUUACAAUCGAGUGUGUAUCCAGGCUUAUAACAGUUCCCCGGUUGCGCUGUUUAAAAAUCAUACACUCGGUAUUUAUAUCAUUUAGUGAAAGUCAGUUGGAAAAAUGGAGUUUCGAGCGAACAAACGCAUUAAACUAAGGCAACACAAUGACUACUAGAUCUACGGACAGCCAGGAACCAGGACAAACAACAUCCGUACAUACGGAAGAAGUCGAUGGGACGAGUACCGAAACUAAAGAACAUAGCGACACUGCACACGAGUACAAUUCACAAGAUGCAGCAGAAAAUAUGUUGAACAGUGAAUCAUCGGAUAUCGAUGAUAGUGACAAUGACAAAGACUAUAUUCCGGAAGAAGGCGAUGCAUCGUCAGAUGAGUCGAUAGUUGUCGAACUCAUACCAAACAUUCAAAGAUUUCAAAAGAAGACAGCGUCAACACUACCUCCUGUUGAAUCCUUGCAAUCUCGUGAACGUGACGAAUCAUCCGCAGAGGCACACAAAACCAACAUCACCAUCGCUCAAACAAAUAACAGUGAAUACAGACAUUACGAUAAGAGAUUUUAUUGCAUGUUUUGCGAAAAGGCUCAAAUAAAACUAAAAAAAAACAUUUGCUUUUGCAGCAUAAAGAUGGGCAAGAUGUGAAAGAUCUAUUAAAUACGGAAAAUUCAGCAGAAAAUAAAAAAAUGUAUGAACAAAUAAGGAACGUAGGGAACCAUCUCCAUAAUGUUAAAGUAUUGCGAGAUGGCCAAGGACAACUAUUUGUGUCAUACAGACAAAGUCACAAUCAACGCGUAGCUGCAGACGAGUAUGGACCUUGUCCUUACUGUUACGGGUAUUACCCGAAGAAAAUCCUGUGGAGGCACACUCAAAAAUGUAAGUUUACAAUGCGGCGUGAUCAAGAAAACGACUCGCUUUAGAGAGCAGCCUGCUAUUACCAAAAUCAAAAGAAGGAAGCACUAUUUUAAGACGAGUAAUCGAGUCCAUGAGAAACGACGAAAUAAGUCGCAAAGUCAAAAGUGAUAAUACAAUCCUUGCAUUCGGUGAAAAACUCUGUACAAAAAGGGGCCAUGAUAAAAAGCAACACAAUUAUAUUAGACAGAAGUUAAGAGAAGUUGGUAGCUUGCUGAAAGACAUGCGAUCUUGUCCAGGCAAUGUUGAAAUGUCUUUGGAGAAUUUCAUGUAUUCAGAUGCUUUCAAAUUUAUUACACAAUCUUGCAAAAACGUUGCAGGCUUCGACGGAAACACCAAUACUUAUGCUACACCAUCAUUAGCCUUAAAGAUUGGCACAACGCUUCAGAAAUGUCUAAAAAUUCUAAUUUCGAAAGGAAUCGAAACAAACAACCAGGAUCUGCAAACAAGGGCUGAGGAGCUUUCCAAACUAUUUGAAAUUAAUUGGACGGAUGACGUGUCUUCCAAUGCCUUAAGAACACUUCAUGAGGCUAAGCAGAACAGUCAGAAAGAACUGUUGCCAUUGGCAAAUGAUGUCAAAGUAAUGUCUGAAUACUUACGACAUGAAGCAGAAACACAUGCAAAUACCUUACAAGAAUCAGCAAGUGAUUGCGAGAAAAGGCAAGCAUGGCAUAAGUUGUCUGAAAUCUGCUUAUGUUUAAUCGAAACGAUUAGACGAUGUGUCAAAAAUGACAGUCGAAGAAUAUUCAAAAAACAAAUUGACAAAUGACGAUGGAGAAUUAGAUUGAUGUUUAACAAAACUGGAAAAAAACCUGUGCCGUUAUUUUUACCGUACAGAGAUUAUUGCAAAACGAGGUCGAAUAGCUGCAGUACUGUUUCCAAGACAGGUGAAAGAAAAUAUCGACCUGCUCAUACGCAGCAGAAAUUCUCUAACAAACUGUUUAAAUAGUAAAUAUCGUUUCCCAACAAAAUCUGCAUCAUCGCAUAUUCGUGGGACAGAUGUAUUACGUUCAAUUGCAAUUGACUGUGGAGCUGAACAUCCGAAAAGGCUUCGUUCUACAAAGUUAAGGAAACAUAUUGCCACAAUGACUAGGCUUUUUAACUUGUCUGAAAAUGAAAUAGACAUUCUAGCUAAAUUUCUUGGUCACGACAUUCGGGUACAUAGAGAAUUCUACAGAUAACCAGAUGGAACCAUGCAGGUUGCCAAAGUCAGCAAGCUGCUCAUGAUGAUGGAAAGUGGACAAAUUACCAGAAAUUCUGUCAAUUCGCUAGACGAUAUUGAUGUGGACGACGAAUGUAUUGUAGAUGAACAAUAUUCUUCUGAAUUAUCAGAAAAUGAAAAUACUGAAGACCUUGAAACUCUUCUUCCCAGCACCAGUCAACCAAAAAUAACAGACAAAGAAAAGGGUACUUCAAAUACCAGGAGAACAAAACAAGCAGCCAAAAAGCAACGGAGUGAAGACGAAAACAGGAGCUGUUCACAGACACUUAGAUCGUUUUUUGAUAAUUGGUAAAUUACCAGGGAAAAAAUCAUUACUUGCAUGUAUUGAAAGUGAGAAUGACCUUCACAACAGAAGUUGGAAAAAUGUCAAAGACUUUUGCAUAAAUUUAAUUGAAACAAAAAAGCGACGGGGACUUUUAACUUAAAAAAAUAUAACACAUAUAAUGCACGUUUAGGAGAAUACGUUAAAGGAUGAAGUUGCCACAUGUGUUUUGUGUGUUUUCUUGUUCUAUAUACUCUUUUCGAAAACGAUAUAUGUGUGCUUAUUGUAUUUGAAUGUUUUAUUAAUACGGUUCAGUCAAAAACGAUAUUUGUUCAUAAUCAUAUCGCCGAACAAAUUAGGAUUGGUAUAUAGUUCGGCCAAAGAGUGUUUCUUUGUACUUUCUAUUACGAGUUUCUACGAGUUACUCACUAUACAAGUUAUUUUUUACCCCAAACUUGGUGAAUAUGAAUGAAUAUAGCAAACAUGAUAACAAAUCAAUCUAGAAGGCUAAACGUUCAGAGAAGGCACAAAAAAAUUCAGUCGGAUAAAUGGAAACAAACAUUUUGUUCAAGCAUAACAAACAAACACUUUUAGAUAUAAUAAGAUAAAUGUAAAUAACAUAAAAAAACUACUGCUAAACUACUGCUACAAUGUGAAGUAUACAAAUGAAUAUUUUGUCAAUUUUACAAAAUUUGUUUUGAAUGACAGGUGUCUGACUUGCAGUUGAGUACUUAAUAGUUAUUUUAAAGUAAAAAUUUACCAAUAUGUAAACUAUUGCGUAAAUAUCGCACUAGAAUUGAUUAAAUAGUUGUUAAAUAUUACAAUAAUUUCCUACACAGACUUUUGUGUAUUUGUUUUGCGUGUAGAUAUUCACAUUAACUAUCAAUUCACAUAUUUGCUUUGUGUAUAUAAUUGGUAUGUUUAUUUUCAGAAUUGAGUCACACUGUUAUAAUUUCCCUGUUGGUACAUAUUAUUUUUAAGUUGGCACCAACAAGGGUCUAGCAAUUGAUUCACAUGUGCACUCCCCAGUAAGUAUAUAUACUAUAAUGUAAGUGAUGCAAAAUAAUAUUAAACUACGUGUUUGAUAAGUGUUUGCUUUGGUACAUAUUUAAUUAUUAGUGUUUUUAUAAAAUGAUAAUGCUGUCAAAGUCAGCGAUGAUUAUACGUGUAUAACAACAUUAAUUAUAACUUUUAUAUUGUUUUCAACAAAUAAUAUAUGGUUGACACAUCGGCAUAAAUUUUCAGUGCUUAAAAUACACUCUUUCUAUUGUAUUUUAUGCAAAAAUUAGGUACAUAAGUUGGUUUACAUAAAGGUAGUUUGAACAAAAUACGUGAAUUCAAAUCUUGAAAAAAGGUGUUUGGUUUGCAAGGGAUAACUAAGCGAUUGCCAGUGACUAUUUUCCUUAAAAUAUAAUCUGUUAUUUCGACAGGUAGAAUUUAAUGUAAGUUCAUUAUUAACGUUAACCCGUUUUUGGCAUUCUCUACUCAAACAAGUUCAUACAUACUGUAUUUUUUUAAUACAGCACAUGUGUAAUGGUAUCACAGUUGUAGAAUUGGAAUUCAUAUAUUAUAACAAUAAAUACUGAUCAUUAUUCAGAUUGACCUACCGCCGUAGACUAAGUCACUGGCGCAUCAAAAUGCAUUGUUAUCAAGUCGUUUUGCUAGUUUACUAAACUAUUUUGUUUCUCAGGCCUCGCCACAUUCGUUGUGAAACGUUCAUGAUUGUUUAAAGUUACAGAUUUUAUUAUUUUUGAAAAUGCAAUAAAUGUAUUUAAGACAAUUUAAGUGAAGUGGAAGUUGCCCUGCGUGUGAAUGAAUUUUCUGAUGUUAACCUGUUUCAGGGGAUUAAAUGCAUGAGUUAUUUUAUAAUGUCAGAGUAAGGACAAAGUAAAUUUACACUACUCAAUCUACAUGCUUAUGGGCAGUUCUACUUUAAGGAUAAAAAACUUCAUAGUAGGUGAACAUCGUGAAUAUUUUUUUCUGAUGGAAAAAAGGAAUUAAACAAAUAAGCCGCCUCCCCCUCUCCUUCAUUCGGUUUGACAAAUAGCGUGGCCUAAAACAAAAACAUUAUUUUUUAGUUUUAAAAACGAAUUGUAUUCAUUUGUUGAUUAAUUCACCAUGAUUGAUAUGGUAUAAUGCAGCACUUGCAUGUUUGUAGUCGGCUUAUAACUAAUAAAGUCAUAAAUGUAUUGUUUGAUUUGCGUUAUGUCUCGUAUGCUUAUUUUGAUGUGAAUAAUAUUUGAGUCAAUCAAAUGAGGCAUUUUUGCAGAACUUAUAUAAGGUCAUAUAAUAAACAUAUUUAAUUUAAAUAUUGUUUCAUACAUAUUUUUUUCAAUUUUUGUACUUACUUAAAUAUUAUCCAUGAACGUGCACGCCAUUGUCCUAUCAACAACGGUACCAUGAUUACACACAAUUACCCCUGUUGGUAAACGCAAGUUCCCCGUUGGACAUUAUUGAAGUUCCACAGGGAUAGCGCGCUUAAGUUCCUCUCUUGGUUAACACAAUUCCCCUGUUGGCACACAUUAAAGUUCCACGGUUGGUACGCACAUAGUACCCCUGUUGGUAUACACCGUUCCCCAGUUGGAACACAUUGAAGUGCCACAGUUGGAACGCACUAAGUUCCCCUGUUGGUAUACACCAUUCCCCUGUUGGUACACAUUGAAGUUCCACAGUUGGUACGCACUUAGUACCCCUGUUGGUAUACACCGUUCCCCAGUUGGCACACAUCGCAGUUCCUCAUUUGGUACGCACAUAAUUCCCCGGUGUGCAUGUAAAAUUUUCUUUGAUUUAUUACCCUAUUUAUCAUAAUUGUUAUGUCAAAAUCGUAUUUUAGGUUCGAAACUUGUCUGUUUUUUAUCACUUUCAGCUUUCUAGAAUAUGUGGAAAUGGUGGUCCCCGGUUGGUAGGUUUAGAACACAUUUCCCCGGUUGGAAGGUUUUACAAGUAUGUGUGUGUGUGUGUGUGUGUGUGUGUGUGUGUGUGUGUGUGUGUGUGUGUGUGUGUGUGUGUGUGUGUGUGUGUGUGUGUGUGUGUGUGUGUGUGUGUGAGUUUGUAAAACCUACCAACCGGGGAAAAUCGUAUGAAUACACACCAACAAACCGGGGAACACCUUCCAACCGGGGAAUUCCCCGGUUGGUUUUAGGCGAAAAUCUCUAAUCUACGUGAAUGAAAUACCAAACUGUCAAUUUAAAUUAGAAAUCCAACGCCUUCCCCGAUUAGCGGGUUUGUGGCAUGCACAAAAUAUACACGAAUCUUCACCAUAUUACAAUCGAGUGUGUAUCCAGGCUUAUAACAGUUCCCCGGUUGCGCUGUUUAAAAAUCAUACACUCGGUAUUUAUAUCAUUUAGUGAAAGUCAGUUGGAAAAAUGGAGUUUCGAGCGAACAAACGCAUUAAACUAAGGCAACACAAUGACUACUAGAUCUACGGACAGCCAGGAACCAGGACAAACAACAUCCGUACACACGGGAGAAGUCGAUGAGACGAGUACCGAAACUAAAGAACAUAGCGACACUGCACACGAGUACAAUUCACAAGAUGCAGCAGAAAAUAUGUUGAACAGUGAAUCAUCGGAUAUCGAUGAUAGUGACAAUGACAAAGACUAUAUUCCGGAAGAAGGCGAUGCAUCGUCAGAUGAGUCGAUAGUUGUCGAACUCAUACCAAACAUUCAAAGAUUUCAAAAGAAGACAGCGUCAACACUACCUCCUGUUGAAUCCUUGCAAUCUCGUGAACGUGACGAAUCAUCCGCAGAGGCACACAAAACCAACAUCACCAUCGCUCAAACAAAUAACAGUGAAUACAGACAUUACGAUAAGAGAUUUUAUUGCAUGUUUUGCGAAAAGGCUCAAACAAAACUAAAAAAAUAUUUGCUUUCGCAGCAUACAGAUGAGCAAGAUGUGAAAGAUCUAUAAAAUACGGAAAAUUCAGCAGAAAAUAAAAAAAAUGUAUGAAAAAAUAUGGAACGUUGGGAACCAUCUCCAUAAUGUUAAAGUAUUGCGAGAUGGCCAAGGACAGCUGUUUGUGUCAUACAGACAACGUUACAAUCAACGCGUAGCUGCAGACGAGUAUGGACCUUGUCCUUACUGUUACGGGUAUUACCCGAAGAAAAUCCUGUGGAGGCACAAUCAAAAAUGUAAGUUUACAAAUGCAGCGGGAUCGAGAAAACGACUCGCUUUAGAGAGCAGCGUGCUAUUACCAAAAUCAAAAGAAGGAAGCACUAUUUUAAGACGAGUAAUCGAGUCCAUGAGAAACGACGAAAUAAGUCGCAUAGUCAAAAGUGAUAGUACAAUCCUUGCAUUCGGUGAAAAACUCUGUACAAAAAGGGGCCAUGAUGAAGAGCAACACAAUUAUAUUAGACAGAAGUUAAGAGAAGUUGGUAGAUUGCUAAAAGACUUGCGAUAAUGUUCAGGCAAUGUUGAAAAGUCUUUGGAGAAUUUCAUGUAUCCAGAUGCUUUCAAAUUUAUUACACAAUCUUGCAAAAACGUUGCAGGCUGGUGUACAUCAUUAGCCUUAAAGAUUGGCACAACGGUUCAGAAAUGUCUAAAAAUUCUAAUUUCGAAACGAAUCAAAACAAACAACCGGGAUCUGCAAACAAGGGCUGAGGAGCUUUCCAAACUAUUUGAAAUUAAUUGGACGGAUGACGUGUCUUCCAAUGCCUUAAGAACACUUCAUGAGGCUAAGCAGAACAGUCAGAAAGGACUGUUGCCAUUGACAAAUGAUGUCAAAGUAAUGUCUGAAUACUUACGACAUGUAGCAGAAAGACAUGCAAAUACCUUACAAGGAUCAGCAAGUGAUUGCGAGAAAAGGCAAGCAUGGCAUAAGUUGUCUGAAAUCUGCUUGUGCCAAUCUAUUCUGUUUAAUCGAAGACGAUCAGGCGAGCUGUCAAAAAUGACAGUCGAAGAAUAUUCAAAAAACAAAUUGACAAAUGACGAUGGAGAAUUAGAUGGAUGUUUAACAAAACUGGAAAAAGACCUGUGCCGUUAUUAUUUCCGUACAGAGAUUAUUGCAAAACCAGGUCGAAUAGCUGCAGUACUGUUUCCAAGACAGGUGAAAGAAAAUAUCGACCUCCUCAUACGCAGCAGAAAUUCUCUAACAAACUGUUUCAAUAGUAAAUAUCUUUUCCCAACAAAAUCUGCAUCAUCGCAUAUUCGUGGGACAGAUGUAUUACGUUCGAUUGCAAUUGACUGUGGAGCUGAACAUCCGGAAAGGCUCCGUUCUACAAAGUUAAGGAAACAUAUUGCCACAAUGACUCAGCUUUUUAACUUGUCUGACAAUGAUUUAGACAUUCUAGCUAAAUUUCUUGGUCACGACAUUCGGGUACAUAGAGAAUUCUACAGAUUACUAGAUGGAACCAUGCAGGUUGCCAAAGUCAAGAAGCUGCUCAUGAUGAUGGAAAGUGGACAAAUUACCAGAAAUUCUGUCAAUUCGCUAGACGAUAUGUGA